AUGUCCAGAUCAAAUAGUGUCAGCCCACCCGGAGUCGGUGCGCCUGGGCUGAGGGGAGGGACUGAACACAGAUCAGCUUGGGGCGAGUCUGACUCCGCUGCCAACGGAUGCCCAUACUCGGCUAGGUCUCCGCGCGAAAAACUCUCUCGGUCCAACAGCCGAUGGAGGGAAGAGGAUGAUCCGGACCGACGGCCCGCACGAACGUCGACGACAGUUAGCAGGGUCAGCUUCAGGUCUAGGUCGGCUUGGCAAGAGCAUGGGGAGGAAAGUCGAAACAACAACCGCUCGUCCCCCAAACGCGCGUAUGGGGAGGUGAAACCCAAAUCGGUGGAGCUAGGUCUGGAGGACCGGAGAGUCGCCGCUAAGCUGCAGACAGAAGAGGAGGUCAUGUCUGAGGUUCACUUUUCCAUGGCCGGGUGCUGCGGCAGCGUGAUGCAGAUUUUCAAAUCCAAGAAAUUCCAGUCGGACAAGUUGGAGCGGCUGUACCAGCGCUACUUUUUCCGCCUCAAUCAGAGCAGCCUGACCAUGCUCAUGGCCAUUUUGGUGCUGGUCUUUGCGGUCAUGCUCGGGUUCCACUGCGCAGGGGGGACCACCAACGUAACUUACGCCGUGGUGUUCUCCAUGGUCAUUCUCCUGAUCCUCGUACUCAUGGUGGUCUGCAACAGAAACGGGUUUCACCAGGACCACAUGUGGAUUGUCUGCUAUGUGGUCAUACUGGUGGUAUUGGUGGUGCAGGUGAUCGGGGUGCUGCUCGUGCAGCCCCGAAGUGCCUCCGAGGGGAUCUGGUGGACCGUGUUCUUCAUCCAUGUCAUCUACACGCUGCUCCCCGUCCGGAUGCGCGCAGCCGUUAUCACUGGAGUUAUUCUGUCUGCCAUCCACGUGGCUGUUUCUUGGAUGUUAAACGGCAUGGACAACUUUCUGUGGAAACAGGUAGUGUCCAAUGUGCUGAUCUUCUCCUGUAGCAACAUAGUUGGAGUGUGCACCCAUUACCCGGCCGAGGGUUCCCAGAGACAGGCCUUCCAAGAGACCAGGGAAUGCAUUCAGGCUCGUCUCCACUCCCAGAGGGAGAACCAGCAGCAGGAACGUCUCCUACUCUCUGUGCUUCCCCGCCAUGUUGCCAUGGAGAUGAAAGCUGACAUUAACGCCAAGCAGGAGGACAUGAUGUUUCACAAGAUCUACAUCCAGAAGCAUGACAAUGUCAGCAUCCUGUUUGCGGACAUCGAGGGUUUCACCAGUCUUGCAUCCCAGUGCACAGCUCAGGAGCUAGUGAUGACCCUCAACGAACUUUUCGCUCGCUUUGACAAGCUGGCUGCGGAGAACCAUUGUCUCCGGAUCAAGAUCCUUGGAGACUGCUACUACUGUGUGUCUGGGCUGCCGGAGGCGCGGGCGGACCAUGCCCACUGCUGUGUGGAAAUGGGAGUGGACAUGAUAGAGGCCAUCUCGUUGGUACGGGAGGUGACAGGGGUAAACGUUAACAUGCGUGUAGGCAUCCACAGUGGCAGAGUGCAUUGUGGGGUGCUUGGACUCAGGAAGUGGCAGUUUGAUGUCUGGUCCAACGAUGUCACGCUAGCGAAUCACAUGGAGGCCGGCGGCAAAGCUGGGCGUAUCCACAUCACCAAGGCCACUCUGAAUUAUCUAAACGGAGACUAUGAUGUUGAGCCAGGCGCGGGCGGAGAGAGAAAUGUUUACCUGAAGAAGCACAACAUAGAAACCUACCUCAUUGUGGGCUGUAGCCAGAAAAGGAAAGAGGAGAAGGCCAUGAUAGCCAAAAUGAACCGGCAGAGGACCAACUCAGUCAGCCACAAUACCGGCCACUGGACCGACCGGCCGUUCUACAACCACCUGGGGGUCAACCAGAUCUCCAAAGAGAUGAAGAGAAUGGGCUUUGAAGACCCAAAGGACAAAAACACACAGGAGAACCUCAACCCAGAGGACGAGGUAGACGAGUUCCUGGGCCGGGCCAUCGAUGCCCGCAGCAUCGACCGGCUGCGCUCGGAACACGUCAAGAAAUUCCUGCUCACAUUCCGAGAGCCCGACCUAGAGAAGAAGUACUCCAAACAGGUGGACAUCAGAUUUGGGGCCUAUGUAGCCUGCGCUUCCUUGGUCUUCCUCUUCAUCUGCUUUAUCCAAGUCAUCAUUGUGCCACACUCCAGCUUGAUGGCAGGAUUCUUCAUUACCUGUCUGAUCCUCCUGAUGGCUGUCAUGUUCAUCUCAGCUGUCUACUCCUGUUUUGGGUUUUUCCCGGCGUCCCUGCAGACGCUGUCAAAGAGGAUAGUCCAGUCCCGACUUAAUAGCACUCUGGUUGGCGUCUUCACCAUCAUCAUCGUCUUUCUUUCCGCUUUCGUCAACAUAUUCACCUGUAGCACCCAUGACCUGCGGCGUUGCAUCAGCCACGAGCUCAACGUCACCCUGGACAGCGUGAACGCCUGUCACGCCUACCUCUUCAACUACACCCUCGAUUCACAACACGGCCCCUGCGGAGAUGGCUCCCCCAUCUGCAACUUUCCAGAGUAUUUCUCCUCCUGUGUGCUGCUGAGCCUGCUGGCGUGCUCCGUGUUCCUGCAAGUCAGCAGUAUUGGUAAACUCUUCCUCAUGCUCUUCAUCGAGCUGGUCUACCUCCUCAUCAUGGAAGUCCCCGAGGUCAACCUCUUCGACAACCAAGACCUACUCGUCAUGGCCAGUGCCAUUGAGCCCAUCAAUGGAACAAGCUGUGUGGUGGAUUCCAAGGUUCCUCUGAAGAUCAUGACUCCAGUGGUCAUCACUGUCUUUGUGCUGGCCCUCUACCUUCAUGCCCAGCAGGUGGAAUCCACCGCUAGGCUUGACUUCCUGUGGAAGCUCCAGGCCACAGAGGAAAAGGAGGAGAUGGAGGAGCUGCAGGCCUACAACCGCCGUCUGCUCCACAACAUCCUGCCCAAGGAUGUGGCCGCCCACUUUCUGCAGGAGCGGCGGAAUGAUGAGCUCUACUACCAGUCCUGCGAGUGUGUGGCCGUCAUGUUCGCCUCCAUCAGCAACUUCUCUGAGUUCUACGUGGAGCUGGAGGCCAAUAACGAGGGAGUGGAGUGUCUGCGGCUGCUCAACGAGAUCAUCGCCGACUUCGAUGAGAUCAUCAGCGAGGACCAGUUCCGUCAGCUGGAGAAGAUUAAGACUAUUGGCUCCACGUACAUGGCUGCCUCCGGCCUUAACGACUCAACGUAUGACAAGGCAGGGCGCUCGCAUAUCCGCGCUCUGGCUGACUAUGCCAUGAGGAUGAUGGACCAGAUGAAGUACAUCAACGAACACUCCUUCAACAACUUCAAGAUGAAGAUAGGUCUGAACAUGGGUCCGGUGGUUGCUGGAGUGAUUGGAGCCAAGAAACCUCAAUAUGACAUCUGGGGUAACACGGUCAACGUGGCCAGCCGCAUGGACAGCACCGGGGUACCGGAGAGGAUCCAGGUGACGGCAGACCUCUACCAGGUGCUUAGUUCCUACAACUACACAUUAGAGUACAGAGGCGUGGUGACAGUCAAGGGCAAAGGAGAGAUGAUGACCUAUUUCCUCACCGGGGGACCGUCCAGCAGUUAA